UCAUGUGACACUUUAGACUCCAUUUUGUGAAAGGAAGAACAUGAACAACAACAGGAAAUAAAAAAAAGUUGUUCACAAAUAUUAUGAAUCAUUUUGAGAACAUCACAACAGUUUAGUGCUGCUAUCUAGAGACUGAAUGGAUUUAUGAACUGAAUCAUGUUUUAUGUUUUUUGUUGAGACAGAGUAGUACGUCCGGUAAAAUGAGUGGCAAAAAAAAGCAGAAAAAAAAGCUGGUUCUUGUUCAGACACGUAAAGCAGCAUCUCCAGAACCCAGCUGUGUGUCUAUGAAGAGUGAUGCAUCCAUGGACCCUCCCCCUAAACUCAAUGAUGGAGCACUGACCUCUAACCCUGAUAGUACGUCCGGUAAAAUGAGUGGCAAAAAAAAGCAGAAAAAAAAGCUGGUUCUUGUUCAGACACGUAAAGCAGCAUCUCCAGAAUCUAGCUGUGUGUCUAUGAAGAGUGAUGCAUCCAUGGACCCUCCCCCUAAACUCAAUGAUGGAGCACCGACCUCUAACCCUGAUAAUACGUCCGGUAAAAUGAGUGGCAAAAAAAAGCAGAAAAAAAAGCUGGUUCUUGUUCAGACACGUAAAGCAGCAUCUCCAGAAUCUAGCUGUGUGUCUAUGAAGAGUGAUGCAUCCAUGGACCCUCCCCCUAAACUCAAUGAUAGAGCACUGACCUCUAACCCUGAAAUGAAGAGCGAUGAUGUGAUCAGAUCAGUGACGCCCCGUUUGACCUGCACUUACUCCGACCUCAUCAGGCAGAGAGUCAGAGACCAGCACAAAAACAGCAUGAAGAACAAGUAUAAGAGCUUAUUUGAAGGAGUGAAUGAAGAACAUGAGCUUUUACAGAUGGAGAAAACAGCCAGAACACAAGACACUCCAAUCUACUGCAAUGACAUCUUUAAACCCUUACAUGAACCAGGCUGUGAGAAGAAAGAAAAAAUCAAGACUGUUCUUACUAAAGGCAUCGCUGGAAUUGGAAAAACCGUCUCUGUGCAGAAGUUCAUUCUGGACUGGUCCGAGGGUAAAGCCAAUCAGGAUGUAGAUUUCAUGUUUGUGCUUCCAUUUCGAGAGCUGAACUUGAUUAAAGGUCACCCGCACAGUCUUCACGGACUUCUGUUGGACUUUCAUCCUGAACUUCAAAAUUUUGACUCAAAGAUUUAUGAGGAGUGUAAAGUUGUGUUCAUCUUUGAUGGUCUGGAUGAAAGCAGAAUUACACUGAUGUUUUCAGACGAUUUGAAAAUUUGUGAUGUGAAUGAGUCUUCGGCAGUGGGUUUGUUGAUGUCAAACCUUAUCAGUGGAGAUUUGCUUCCCUCUGCUCUCAUCUGGAUCACCUCCAGACCAGCAGCAGCCAAUCAGAUCCCUUCAAAAUACAUCAACCGUGUGACAGAAAUUCAGGGAUUCAAUGAGCCACAGAAGGAGGAAUAUUUCAGGAAGAGAAUCAGUGAUGAGAAUCAAGCCAGCAGAAUCAUCUCACACAUUAGAAGAUCAAGAAGCCUCCACAUCAUGUGUCACAUACCAGUCUUCUGCUGGAUCUCAGCCACUGUGCUUCAAAACCUCCUGAAGCAAGAUGACAGUGCAGAAAUCCCUCAAACUCUGACUGAAAUGUACAUCCACUUCCUGCUGACUCAGGUCAACAUGAAGAAUCAGAAGUAUCCAGAGAAACUCCUGCUGUCCAACAGAGAUGUGAUUGUGAAACUUGCUGAACUGGCUUUCAAACAGCUGAUGAAGGGCAAUGUGAUGUUCUAUGAGGAGGACCUGAUUGAGAGUGGCAUAAAUGUCACUGACGCCUCAGUGUAUUCUGGGAUUUGCACUGAGAUCUUUAAGGAGGAAUCUGUGAUUCAUCAGAGGAAAGUCUACUGCUUCAUACAUCUGAGCUUUCAGGAGUUUCUAGCUGCUUUCUUUGUGUUUUACUGCCAUGUAAGUAAGAAUAACAAAUCACUGAAGUCGUUUCUGGAAAAAGAAUAUACAAAGUACAUUCAGAAAAACUCUCUGUAUGAGCUACUAAAAGCAGCUGUUAACAAAUCUUUCAGGAGUAAAACUGGACAACUGGAUCUUUUCCUGCGGUUCCUGUUCGGCGUCUCACUGGAGUCCAAUCAGAGACUCUUACAGGAUCUACUGACAGACACAGUGAACAGCUCAGAGAUCAUCAGAAAAAUCACACAGCACAUUAAAAACACAAUCAAGUGUGAUGAACAUCUCUCAGCUGACAAAUGCAUUAAUCUGUUCCUCUGUCUGCUGGAAACUAAUGAUCAGACUCUCUACAGAGAGAUUCAGGAGUUUGUGAAAUCAGAGGAUCACUCAGUGAAUGAACUCUCUCCAUCUCACUGCUCAACAAUAGCCUACAUGCUUCAGAUAUCAGAGGAGGUGCUGGAUGAGUUUGAUCUGAAGAAAUACAACACAUCAGAUGAGGGUAGAAGGAGACUGAUACCAGCUGUGCUGCACUGCAGAAAAGCUCUACUUGCUGACUGCAAUCUCACUGGUCAGUUUUGUGAAAGUUUGUCUUCAUCUCUACAAUCAUCAAACUCCUUACUGAGAGAGCUGGACCUGAGUAAUAAUGACCUGUGGGAUUCAGGGGGGAAGCUUCUGUCUGAUGGACUGAAGAGUUCUCAUUGUCAACUCAAUAUACUGAGACUUGCUGCCUGUAAUCUCACUGGUCAGUUUUGUGAAAGUUUGUCUUCAUCUCUACAAUCAUCAAACUCCUUACUGAGAGAGCUGGACCUGAGUAAUAAUGACCUGUGUGAUUCAGGGGUGAAGCUUCUGUCUGAUGGACUGAAGAGUUCUCAUUGUCAACUCAAUAUACUAAGAUUAUCUGGCUGUAUGGUGACAGAAGAAGGCUGUUGUUAUCUGGCUUCAGCCCUGAGUUCAAACCCCUCACACCUGAGAGAGCUGGAUCUGAGCUACAAUCACCCAGGACAAUCAUUAGUCACGCUGGUCUCUGAUCCAAACUACAGACUGGACAAACUCAAUCUGGAUCAUGGAGGAGAGAUCAGAAUUAAAGCAGGACUACAGAAAUAUGCAUGUGAUCUCACACUGGAUUUAAACACAGCAAACACUCAUCUCGCUCUGUCUGAGAGGAACAGAAAGGUGACACAUGUGGAAGAGGAGCAGUCAUAUCCUGAUCAUCCAGAGAGAUUUGAUGUGUUGCCUCAGGUUCUGUGUAGAGAGAGUCUGUCUGGACGCUGUUACUGGGAGGCUGAAUGGAGCUUCUGGGCUGAUAUAUCAAUGAUGUAUAAAGGAAUCAGCAGGAGAGGAAAGAGUGAUGACUGUUGGUUUGGAUACAAUGAAAAGUCCUGGAGUCUGAACUGUUUAAAAAACAGUUUUACUGUCAGACACAAUAAUAAGAGCACAGAUAUAUCUGUCCCUUCACAUCUCUCUAACAGAGUAGGAGUGUAUCUGGACUGGCUGGCCGGCACUCUGUCCUUCUACAGCGUCUCUGAAACACACACACUCACACACUUACACACACUCAACAGCACAUUCACUGAACCCCUCUAUGCUGGAUUUGGGGUUUAUUUUAGUGGUUCAGUGUCUCUGUGUGAGAAACAAUAGAGACACACAGUGGAGUGAAAGAAACGCACUCACGUUAUUUCUCUCUCUUUAACUCACACAGCUCUAAACUCUUUCUCUCUUCCAAUCUUAAUUGUAGUGUGUAUAUAGAAACACACACAAAUUGACUUUGGUCUUAAUGAGACACACCGCAGACUUCUAUAGUGUUUUUAUAAAGGUAUUUGUAUGUGGCUCAACAGAAGUUUUGUCUUUCUGAGUCUCAGAGUGCCACCUGGAGGAAGAUUUAGUUUCUCGCUCACAGGAAACGGUUUUUAGCAAGCGCUCGCUCUGUUAUGACUGAGGGUCAGGUCAGAGCUCAUCUUCUAAACACAGUCCUUUACUAGGGGUGUAUCGAUACCCUCAUGUCACGAUUCGAUACAUAUCAUGAUACUGAACUCAGGAUACAUUAUCAUUGCGAUACUCCAAGACAUAUGGUAAACGGUUAACAAAAAAAUGUACUGUUGAUUAAAAUGCUAAAUUAGGUAUUAGGUAUUAGGCUUGGACUUGGUGCUGGUAACCCAAUGCAAAGGACAAUGGUGACACCAGGAUAAAAAUAUUCAUGAUUCUAAUGCUGAAACAACGAAUAUGCUUGCACUCUGUCACUGACUAGAUAUACUUAAAAUAAUGUAGGCCACUUUUUACCUGUAACAUAAGACAUUUUGCAUUAUCAGGACCUUCAAAUAUUCCCACAUUGCAUUAUAAUACAUUAUAUUCAACACUAUAUAUGUUGGUUUAAUGUAGUACUGACACAAACUCUGUAAUCUUGAAUUUUUCUCACACAGUAAUUUUCAUUUUGGGUAAACUAUACACGAUACAGAUUGUCACUAUCCACAAUAUGAUAUUGUUGCAUUUUUGUAUUGCGAUAUAUUGUGACAAUAUAUUGUUACACCCCUAUUCAUUACAAAUGUCGAAGACUGUGGAGCUUAUCUUACGCUCCGUGUGGAAGGAUGACAUCUCUUCCUGAUACCUCAUUCUCAACUGUGUCUUACAAUCACAGUCAAACUGAUUGCUCAAUUACUGUAGAUACAAAAAUAAUGCAUGUAAUAUGUAUUAUAAACAUCUAGACCAAUCUAGAAUUGACUUUGAUAUUACCGGACAAAUAUCUGAUGGUGAUAAAACAAAAUAGGGACACAGCUCUGGAGAUUCUCCUGUCAGGACAUAAUAGUGUUUUGUUAAAAGAUACAUGUGUGUAUUUCUGUUUUUCUUAACCUAAAUAUUUGAAUCUAUUUGAAGUAUUAAGUCUGGGAAUCUGGGAAUACAUGGUUUAUAAUAGAGGAGACUGUUUGGGUCUAGUUCUCACACUUAGUCUAGUUCAGGGAUUGGUCCGGGGGGCCACAAGGGAGUGCUAGGGGGUCAGUGGAAAAGUAAAAAAAAUAAAAAAAAGAAAGAGAGAGUAAAACAGUGUAAAAAUAAUAAUAAUAAAUAAAUAAGAUUAACCCUCUUAUUGCAUUUGGUUAGUUUUGACCCGGAAGCAGCUAAAAAUUUCUUAAAAAUCCAUAGUUUUUGAUACAGCAAAAACACUUUGCAAACGGAUUAUGUUACGUCCAGAAACGUAUUAUUUAUUGUAUGGGGCCAUCAGAAGAGCUGUGUUUUCUUGCAUUUGUGUUUUUGUGUGCUUUUUCUGUGUUUCUCCCUCUGUUUCCUCUUUGGCUCGUCCUACUCAAUCCAUCUGGCAGGUAGCUGAUUGCCCCCAGCUGUGCCUGCUUACCAGUCAAGAGUGAGGCAGCCUAAGAGCAGAGAAGAAACUGCCAGAGAUUGAGAAACUUUCCCUUAAGAGCUUUCUCCAGAAUGCCUGCUCUGCACAUUCUUGUUGUUGAAUGUGAUAGCUGCUUAGUUUUGUACUUUUUGGUAUUGUAUUGUUUUUAUUGAUUGUUGUGUGUGUACAACAUUUACAUUUCUUGUAGUUUACAUGUGGAGGUUAAUGUUACCAUUUACCUUUAUCAGUCUUUUCUAUUCUUCUAUUCUUGCUGCUGUUAAUAUCAAGCUUAUUAGCUAUAUUAAUGGUUGUUUAUUUUAUUGUUUAUAUGGAAGCUGUAGGGAUGUGGGCACCAUUUUUGUUUAACACUGUGUUCUCCAGGAAGGGGGGUACAAUUCUGUUAUUGAUUUUUCUUUUCUUUGGUAGUUUAGUUAGAGGUUUUACUCCCACAGGCUCCCCCUCCUGAAGCCAUUGCUUCCCUUUUAAGUUGUUUUCUUCUUUUUAAAUACCUUGUUUUUGUUCCAUGAGUUCUGAAUAAAAAAAUCUUGCAUGUAA